AGUAAUUUUGCAGUGUAACUGCAGUAAGAGUGCAGUACACUGCAUUUAUUCUGCAAUUACUGCGUCCAAAAUACCACAGUCAACUGCAGUUACAGCACUUUUACUGCAGUUUCAAAACUGUAAUCUUUUUUUGUAAGGGUAGAGAACUCUGCAGCCAUUGCUUCACCUGACUCCCCUUUUCUCAUUAAGACAUGUCCAUGCUCCUUUAACUUUUCCCUACGUCUCCUCUUACUCUCAUAACACAGGUGCUCACAUCUAUGAAACGUUGCAAACGCACCACCUAGGACAUUUGCCUUUUCUUUGCUUGAUACAGUUGUGACGUUUCCUUCUACCAACACUGGAAUUCCAGCAGUUUUACUCUGCUUCGCCUCUUCGCAGUAAACUGUCCCAAAGCUCAACAGAGAUCGACUAUCUCUGCUAUCGAUUGCUUUUUCUCUGCUGUGUGGCAGGCUGUUGUAGUCGAUUCAUAGCUAUCAAAUGUGGUGGGUAAAUGAAGAUGUCACACUCAGGCCGUUUACCAUUGGAAAAAAUGGUCACAGUUCCGCUCUGCUUAAGGGGUGUUUCUCUCAUAGGCACCAAUGCAUUAACAGCUGGGUCUGGUCCGCGUAGCCUUAGUUCAUUGAUUGUAUAUGAACCAGAAAAAAAGAGCGAGUGAGAUGUCUCGCUUCCUGUUCCGUCUCUGAUAUCUAUGAUCCGUAUCCGAUUUCGGAUUUCCUGGUAUGAUUAGGGCUUGGGAACGAACCAAAUUAAUUCAAUUUAGCUAGUCUUUUCUGAAACGUAACUGUUUCGUAUGAUUUUGACAUUUAGAGUAAGGUGUAACUCAAGUAUUUCGACUCAGUAAACGUACAAAGAGAGGCAGAAACAAACAAAGGCAAAGCGCUGUUUUUAUUUGUGAAGGGAAGCGGCUAGGUUAGCCAGCUAGCUUUAGCCUUUAGCCUGCACUGUUGAAAUGUCUGUCUCUGCCGGUGUCUCCCCGUCAGCCCAGGGCACGGCCCUGGUCAGUCCAGGCACGGGGAUGUCCAUGUUUCGGUGGCUUGAGGUUCUGGAGAAGGAGUUUGACAAGGCGUUUGUUGACGUUGAUUUACUACUGGGAGAAAUCGAUCCAGAUCAAGCUGACAUCACCUACGAGGGUCGUCAAAAGAUGACAAGUCUCAGCUCCUGUUUUGCUCAGCUUUGCCACAAAGCCCAGACGAUUUUUCAACUUAAUCACAAAGUCGAGGCUCAGCUGGUGGGCCUGCGUUCGGAGCUGACUGACGUGCAGGCGGAGAAGGAGGUGGUGGAGAGGGAGGUCCACGACCAGCUCCUCCAGCUCCACGCCAUGCAGCUGCAGCUUCAUACCAAGGCGGGACAGACUGUGGACUCAGACUCCAUCAAAGACAGGAUGCCUGUUCCCUCACUGGAGGAGAUGGAGAGGGAGCUGCAGGCCAACAAGAAGGAGAAGGUGAAGGAAGUGAAGUUGGAGGCAGAGGUCAAGCUGCAUAAGAAGGAGAAUGAGGCCCUCCGCAAGCACAUCGCUGUACUGCAGGCUGAGGUCUACGGGGCCAGACUGGCAGCCAAGUACCUGGACAAAGAGCUGGCUGGAAGAGUACAGCAGAUCCAGUUACUGGGUCGGGACAUGAAGGGGCCCGCUCAUGACAAACUAUGGAACCAGCUGGAGGCUGAGAUCCACCUCCACCGCCACAAGACAGUCAUCCGAGCCUGCAGGGGGCGCAACGACCCCAAGAAACCCCUACCGUCUCCAGUGGGGCAUGAAACAAAUCUACUGAAGAAGACCCAAGGAGUUGGUCCUAUUCGUAAAGUAGUGCUGGCCAAAGAAGAUCACGAGGGACUUGGAAUUUCAAUCACGGGUGGUAAGGAACACGGGGUGCCCAUCCUGAUCUCAGAGAUCCAUCCUACCCAGCCUGCGGAGCGCUGUGGGGGGCUCCAUGUGGGUGAUGCCAUCCUGGCUGUCAACAGCAUCAACCUGAGGGACGCCAAACACAAGGAAGCCGUCACCAUCCUCUCACAACAGAGGGGAGAGAUAGAGUUUGAGGUGGUGUACGUGGCCCCGGAGGUGGACUCUGACGAUGAGAACGUGGAGUAUGAGGAUGACAGCGGCCAUCGCUACCGCCUCUACUUGGAUGAGCUGGAGGAGGGGUCAGCCGCCAGCAGGAACAACGGCACAGCAGACUCAGCAUCGCUACGAGCUCUGGAGAAGAUGUCAGUGAGUGACAGCCUGGAGAACGGAGACACAGGGAUCUCCAGUGAGACGCCAUCAGAGGAGACCCUGUCUAAGGCUGCUGAGUCCGGAGAGAGCUCCUCAUAGAGGGGUGGGGAGGA